AGCUGGGAUCCAAGUCCACGGCCUCUCUGACUCCUGAGGUAGCCUUGCUAAGUGCUCUGAGAAAGGGGACCGAGAGAACACCAGUGGUUCUGUCCCCUACCCUUUGAGGACCAGUUGGAGGCAACUGCUGGUCCCAGAUCUACAGUUAUAAUUAUUUUGAAGUUCUCCCCUCACAGAUGUCAGCCUCCCACCCUCCAGACAUAUUUCAUAGCGGCUGAGCGUUAAGGGAUCAAAGCUGGCGGUGGGUGUGCAGGUGGGGGUGGCUGAGCCUACUGAUCCAGGUCUGAGACAUCCUCCCCACUAAUCAACAAGUGAAUAAACCCUUCAGUGAGUAGGUGGUGAUGAGUGAGCCAGCCAGCUUGCUCUGUAACUGGGGAGUGGGACUGGAGGCAGAAGCAUGAUGGACAGGGAGGGUUUGUGAGGAUGCGGGGGGGCUGGCUCCUGGUCCACCCCAAGGAACCUCCUAGUGUCCCAUUUACUUUCACUCUAAAAGUAAAUGGUUGUACCCCAAACCCAGGCUUUCUCCCAUGCCUUCUAGCUUCUCUACUGUUUCUCCUCUCCUCCCAUCUACCCUCGACCCCCCAUCCCCAAGGCAGGAGGGCUCCUAGGAUGCUACAAAGUCCCUGAGGAUUCUCACUCCUGUCCUCUCUGUCUGCCCCGGAUCUGUCUGCUCCAGAAUGCCUGUCACCCCCGAGCUGGUCAACAGAGCAGACAGCCCUGAGGUAGGCUUGUCCCUUUAGUCUUCAGGGGCCUUGUCCCGGCCUGCUCCGGGUUAGCUGUCCCAACCAGCCCCCCUGGCUACCCUUCCCAUCCCUAGGUAACCACUGUCUUCUGUCUUUCCACGGCCUCUGGGGAGGGGACUUCACUUCUUUCUGCUGUCUACUGUCCAAACUGGAUCCAGGCUUGUCCCUCUGUGUUUGUCCCCAUGUUCUGGGGGACUUCUCAGACUGGAGCUCUGCAGGACAGUGGAGCACCUUCUCCCUCAGGUUGGGAGAGCCCAGUGAUACCGCUGCUCCCCUCUCCCCAGGCUGGGGUCCCCCUGAGGAUACAGCUGUGACUCUUCUGAGGCUGGGGAUCCUGGGGAACCAGCUCCACCCUGGCCCCCAGAUAUCAGUUCCCCAGCAAGAACGGUUUUCUCCUCCCUCUGAGGAUUCAGUCUGUGUUCACUUGUCCCGAUGUCCUCUCCCACCUCUGUGCUCAGCUUGCUGCCCUGGUCUUUCUUGGGAUGUUUGGGGCCAACUGGCUGAUAAGGAGCCAUUUCCGGAGAGUGCAGGUGAUUGAAGCCAUAAACAGGUGCUUGAGGGAGGCCUGGAGUCUCCGCCUCAGGAGAGCUCUAAGAAUAACAGCCUCGGCCAUCUGUCCUGGAGGGUGGGGGGCCUGGCCCAGGACCAGGGGCCUGGACAAGAUGGCGCCUCGUUGCCUUCAUGGGCAGGGCGGAUGCUGGGAAGAACUGGAGGCUCUGGCCAGGCUGGGGAAAGGGAGCUGGGAAGGGCUUUAUGGGAAGACUCCCCAAUAGCCCGCUCUUCCUGGUGGGGGCGGUGGGUCUGAUGGGGUUGGCAGUCUGGAGACCCCCCUCAGAAGGGGCAUCAGGCCCCAAGCUCUGCCUCCCCUCCCUGCUCCCCUUCCUGACUCCCGAGUCCAUGCUUAUUUCAGGUAGUGAGCCCUUGUGCCCCUCAUGAAUGAGAGGACCUCUUCCUGGCAUCUGCCCCAGUCCUUUUCUCUUGUCUGUGUCCGCAUGACCUUGGCUAUUCCUCACCGCUCAGAACUUCAGUUUCCUCAUCCAUAAAAUGGGGAUAAACUCAGCUCAUUGCGUUCUUGUGCUGAAUUCACGUAUUGUCUAGAAUACAGUAAGUGCUUAAUAAAUGGCAGUCCUUUCCACUUUCCUUCAAAGGGCCUGGGUGAGGAUCUUUGCUCCAGAGCCCCAUGGAGACUGCGAUGGGCUAGGGAUGGUGGCAUGUGCUGGGACAGCCCUGGCAUCACUCAACCCUGAAAGACACCAGUGCCCUGAAUGAUGGGGACGGUGGCACACAACCUGGGAAGAUUUCUCUCUCUGUGCCAGGCCUGACGGGACCUAGGGCUGUAUGUGUCAGGCUGGGUGCACAGGUGGCAGACUUGGCUGCUUCUGGGGAGGGAACUGGCUUCUGCUUCCUCCUUCCCCUUUCCCUAACCCUUUAACAGAGAGGGGACAUAGUGAGGUGCCCAGAGAGGCCUCUCGUCCAGGACAUCACAAAACAGCAGGUCAAGAGCCAAGGUCAUAACUCCCACCCUAUGUCCAGUAGAAAGACACUUGCCGCACAGGCCCUGUCACUCCCUCACCCUUCCUAAGGUGCUGCCAAGCAAGGUCGGGAAAGUUCCUUCCAGAGCGGUCACAGGUCCCGCAGGCUGCAGGAAACAAGGCCCAUCUACUGCCCCCCACUCCUAUGUGUGGACAGGCUAGGGAAGGUGGGGUCCCAUCCCUGGUCCUAGGGACUGCCCCAGGAGUCUAGAUACAACGUCACCUCCUCAGGAGUCUAGGCCUGCUGCUGUGGAGGGAGAUGGAGGUCGGGCUGGCACCCCAUCCAGAGGGAUCCUGAAUCUGAGCCUGGUGGCUGCCCCCUCAGCUCCUCCACGGUGGAGACAUCACGCACUGCCUGGGUAUGAGCUCAUUUUAGCCUGGUGGAGGGAGGGAGGAGGAAGGGCCCUCCCCCUCAGACUCCCCCUCCCCGUGCAGGCCAGGAUAUAAGCCCCGCAGGGCAAGCACCCAGCAGAGGAGGCCGCAGCCCAGCCUGCAGCAGUCCAGCCUUGGGGACUUCGUGCCUUCCACCUCCUGCUCAUCUCUGCUUCCCAAGCUGUUGCUAUGGUGACGGUGCGCAGGCCGUGGCCUGUCAUGGCCACAGUGCUGCUGGCCCUGCUUGCCUUCCUGGGGGCGCUCGUCGACGCCUACCCCUCCAAACCCGAGGCUCCCGGCGAAGACGCCUCGCCAGAGGAGCUGAGCCGCUACUACGCGUCGCUGCGCCACUACCUCAACCUGGUCACUCGGCAGCGGUAUGGGAAACGCGACAGUCCCGUAGCUCUCCUCUCGGAACUGCUCCUCCCCGACGGCGAGGACCCCUCGGUCAAGCCGCGGCCCGAAGGCGCCCACAUGUGGUGACGACCCCCGGGCCUCCUGGCAGACACAACUGCACGGACCUCAUUUGCAUGUUUGCUCCCGGCCGCGGAGCCUGGAUUCUUUUCCCUGCCGCCUGCAAUGCAGAGUUCGGCACGGGGUCCUGGUUCCAUUUCUCGGUGCCCCGCCCCCUGGGCUGGAGGCUGUGUGUGGUCCUUCCCUGGUCCCCAAAUAAAGAGCAACUUUCACCGGAAA